GUUCCUGCCUAGCCUGCUCAGUUGCUGUCGCCUACACGAAUUUCUAGCGGGCAUUCUUUGUCUCCAUACAUCCCUUUUUGCAUUGUCAUCUUAAAGUUACAGUGCCCCUUCUACCAUGGACCUUUUAGGAAGUUACGGCAGCGAUGCGGAGAGCGAUGCCUCCGAUGACGAACAGCAACCUCCCCAGAAUGCUGGUCGAGCCAUCCUCACAGCACCUGAUCCCAGCCCUACCGACUUUAACGAAGGCGCCCCCUCUCAAAUCACAGGACUCACUAGAAAAGGUCUCUUUAGUGCGCUGCCUCCUCCUAGGGGCAAGAGCGACGGAAUGCCUGAAGAAAAGUGGAGGAAGGAGGGAAGCAGGUCACUCUUUGCUGCUCUACCGCCACCAAAGGCGUCCUUAGAGCGCCCCCCCAUUGUGGAUCUGCAAAGCGAUCUGGCGCUAGGUACAACAAAGCCCCCGACAUUGCUCCCCCCCAAAAGAGGCGUUGUGCAGUUCCGACCACCGAUUGACACGUCGUAUCUGACCAAGGCUGAUGAUCGAGAUGAGGAUACCUGGCAGCCUCCCAAGAAGAAGGGACGGACGGCUGAGGUCGCGGACGAAGCGCCGGCAGAGAAGAAACCGACCAAGUCAUCUUUCGCCUCCUUCUUGCCCCCGCCCAAAAACAGCUUGGGGGCUGGAAACAUUCUGGGGGGAGGCGCCGUCGGCGGCCGAAAAAUGGCCAUGGACACGUCAAUUGGUUCAGAGUCUCUUGAUGAGGGCCCACGGAUACAGCUGGACCCCAUUGAAAAAUCCACUCUGACUGGUGCGGCCGUAAAUGGCUCAGCACCUGUGCGAGAAGACGGUGUCAGUGGAAACGGGGGGCUUGCAAAAGCAGGAACGGAAGAGUUGGGGUACCCUGCAAGUGAGGGUCAUACUCAGGCUGGGUACGGAGCUGCCGCUGAGUCCAGCUAUGCAUCAAACGGGGCUGGUCUGCCUCCGACAUUCGAGCAACCCGGAGUCUCCUUCGGUUAUCAGCAGCCGUACCAAGCAGGGACUUCGUACGACCCCUACGGUCAAAGUUACGUUGCGCCUCAGUAUGGGGGGGCGAACACGUGGCAGCCCGACGGGCCGCCAGGUGGCGGCGUAGCAGCGCCCCCGGUGGACCUGCUCACAGCGAAGCUUAUGGAAGAGGAGGCGCGGGCGAUGAGGAGGGGCGGGGGGAGGGCGAGCGGGGCGCAAGUUGUCGAAGUCAAGCAAGCGGAUAUUACCCCCGGCACGUACAGGCGGGAGGACAUGCUCAAGACGUCGACAUUUGGCCCACAAGCGCAGCCAGUGUCGAGCGCAAAGGACGCAGGGCCGGGGAAGAUGGAGAGGCGGAAGCACCAGAUCAGCUCGCUCUACGCCGACAUGAAGAAGAAAGAGAUGGAGAUGGUGGACUCACGGGCUACGGGGAUGCAGACGAAAGCGCAGACGAAGGGGAAGUAUGGGUGGUAACCAAUUGAAACGACAUUCGCUUUUGCAAGUCAACUGGGCACUCGCGGGAAAUGAGCCCCUUGAGAGCGUUGCUGACUCCAUUAUCGCUGUGUCAGUAUGUUUGCAGCACUGAAGUGUACGCUCUUCUCUAACAUCCAAGUAUAAGCCUGCUUUCCAUGUCACCUG